AAAUUCUUUUACAAAAUGUCUGCAUAUCAGUUCCAAGUGGGAGGACAGAAAACGGGAGAGGGAGAAAGCAGGAGCCUAAUCCUCUCUCUUCUGUUCACCAAGGGUGUUGCUGCGUGAAGGGAGCUCAGCAAGUCUCAUUCUCACACUGUUCGUUUGAGCACUGUUCAGUGAGCAAAGAUCACCGUUAGAAGACACCUCACCGCUUCUCAUACAGGGCUGCUUUAUGACCGUUUAUAUACGUCUUGUAUAAGCAUAGAAAUUGACCCUGUUACAAUCACUUCCUUUAUAAACUUUAUUGAAUAGAAUUUGAUCUACUAAUUUAACUAGUGGCUCAGUACAGUAGUAAAGAGGAAACAAUUAUUAAAGUUCUCCGAAAGCGUGAUUUAUUCUAAGGGUCAGGUAGAGGGUGAAAAUGGGUAUGAGAAAUAAAAUUUUGUCUGUCUUUGGUGCAAGAAACUUCCUCAAAUGAAAAGAAACAAUUAGUUUGAAAAAAUCCUUUUGAUUUUAAUAGCUAUAAGAAUCCUUGGAAAUUAUAUAUCAUAAUCAGAAUCAACCCGUGACCCGAGGUAGUUCGGAUAAGCGGUAGAAAAUGGAAUGGCAUGGAAUCAGAAUCAAAUAGGCCUACUAUAAAAUGUUAACAAUGAAUUAAAAUUUCUAAUAUUAUUGCUUAAUUUUUCGCAUAAGUCUGUCCUCUGGACGAGUGCUUGACAUUUUCUGUGUAUGAAUAACUGUGCUCGUGUUUGAUUUUCCAUCAGCAGUUGUCUGCAUGUUGUACCAUCGAGCUGAAGGUGCCUUGAUCGGCCCCGAGUCCCCGUCCUGACACUCGUGACUGACUGACAGGACAGGCGCCGGCAGAAUGAUGCAUUGUACGUCCAUCCACCCCGCAACCUUCUGGCAUGGCCUGGGAAGAGCUGGGAGUCAUUAACUUUUAAAGCAGGCAUUUGCAUACGUCCACGGCGCAUCAGAGGCAGGGUUCUGCUUCGCUUCUCUGAACUAAUCUACCUGGCAAAGGCUCUGAGAUGCUGCUGGCGCAUAAACGGAUCACAGCCCACUUGCACAACAUCACAAAGAAGCCAAAUGAAAAUGCAUGUUUUUCAACGUCUGGACACUUCUGUGAUGAUCAAAAGACAGUUUUUUUUACUUAUUUGAAUUAUGCAGUAAGCUGUGUCUUGAGUUGUCCCUUUGUGAAUUGGCCGGUACCACUUUUAAGGACUGAUACGGAAGAUCGAACAGGACAGGUGUUUUCCGUUUCAUCACAGGCAGUGUCUGAGGUUCGGGCAGCCGGAGAAGCGAAGACAAGGGGGAAAGAUCGUCACAGGGCUGGCAGUUCAUCGUCUGCAUGCAGCAGGAGCCUAACAGACUUCCUGACAUCCCAUCAAUAUAUUGACAGCUGCUGUCACUCGGGCGGCUUUAGAGAUGAGCAGAGCUCUGGCACAUGAGGCUGAUGGCCUGCGUUCGAUUGGUUGUGUGUCGACUUAAAACCAACAGCAUUCUGGGCUGAUGCUGAGUGUUCGGUUGCGGAGGGUGCAGCAGAUUAGCACGAUCUGGCAAUCUUAGACUGUACAGCUUCACCCCAGACCACACAGCACCUAAAUCAUUUCCAAAUUGUGCUCAACUGUGUAUCUGAAUAUAUGCCCAGUUAUAAUGCCCGUGUCCAUUAUAUAAUUAUAAUAUUUAUUUGAUGUAUAACUUCUGCCAGGAUCAAUUGAAUUAGCUCUUAAACGUGUGGUUCACCCAUUCAUUUCAAAUCUGUAUGACUUUUUUUUCUGCAGAACACAAAAGAAAAUAUUUAGAAGAAUCUUGGUAACCGAAUAACGGCGGGACCCAUGCACUUCUAUUGUACGGACACAAAACCAAAUAGAUUUGGUCAUUGAUUUCUCUCUAAAUCUUGUUCGUCAAAGCAAGUCUGGAUUCCUUAGGACUGAACAUCCAGUUCCUUGUUGUCCUUCCAACCGGACAUGGAGUAUCGGAACAGACUGUGAGAAACAUGUUUAAAAAUAUAAUGAUAAUCCCAGUAUGAUAAACCCAUUGUGUCGUAUUGCUUUCCUGGAACAUCAAAGUGACAGGCUGUGCCUUCCUCACAUACUGUGCAAGAGAAUCAGCGCUAAAAGCUCAGACCGCGCUUCACGAGCAGAAGACGCUACCUGGGAAGACAGAAAGCUGUUUGUAGGCAUGCUGAACAAGCAGCAGUGCGAGGACGACGUGCGGCGUCUUUUCGAAUCGUUUGGCUGCAUCGAGGAGUGCACCAUCCUCAGAGGUCCUGAUGGAAACAGCAAAGGUUGUGCGUUUGUGAAAUAUUCCACUCAUGCAGAAGCUCAGGCCGCUAUUAGUGCUUUACACGGCAGCCAAACCAUGCCUGGCGCUUCCUCUAGCCUGGUGGUGAAGUUUGCAGACACAGAUAAGGAACGGACUAUUCGACGUAUGCAGCAGAUGGCAGGUCAGAUGGGCAUCUUCAAUCCGAUGGCCCUGCAGUUUGGAGCGUACGGUGCCUAUGCACAGGUCCAGCAGCAGGCCGCAUUGAUGGCAUCAGUAGGUCAGGGAGGAUAUCUAAGCCCCAUGGCUGCUUUUGCUGCCGCACAGAUGCAACACAUGGCCACCAUCAACGGCCUCCCAGGGGCUCCCAUGACCCCAACAUCAGGUGGUAGCACGCCCCCUGGCAUCACAGCUCCCACGGUGACCAGCAUUCCAUCUCCAAUCAGUGUCAACGGUUUCACAGGACUGCCACCUCCUCAGGCAAAUGGUCAUCCCCCAGCAGAGGCCAUGUUUACCAAUGGAAUCCAUCCUUACCCAGUUUUACAGGAGGUGGUCUUUAGGGAAGAUUCGGAGAAGGGCGGCCUGGGCGUGGCGCAGCGGAGUUGUUUUGGGGUGCAGGGAAGCUGCUUCCUGUCGUCGCUCUCAGAAGCUCAGAGUCCCACCGCAGCCGAUCCCCUUCAGCAGGCCUAUGCAGGAGUCCAACAGUAUGCAGCAGCCUUCCCCGCUGCAUACGGACAGAUCAGCCAGGCUUUUCCCCAGCCACCUCCUAUCAUUCCCCAGCAACAGAGAGAAGGGCCGGAGGGCUGUAACCUGUUUAUUUAUCACCUGCCUCAGGAGUUUGGGGACGGCGAGCUGAUGCAGAUGUUCCUGCCUUUCGGUAAUGUCAUCUCCUCCAAAGUGUUUGUGGAUCGGGCGACAAACCAAAGUAAAUGCUUUGGAUUUGUGAGCUUCGAUAACCCGGGCAGCGCCCAGGCGGCCAUCCAGUCCAUGAACGGCUUUCAGAUCGGCAUGAAGAGACUCAAAGUGCAGCUGAAGAGGCCAAAGGAUGCCAACCGCCCAUAUUAGCCCCACCCCCUUGCCCCAGCCAUCCCUGACCCGGGGGGUGAAGGCCGCCGCUGCGCACAGGGAACAACAGGUUUGAACACAUGUUGAUAACAUGCUAAAAGUAAUUGAAUUCUAAGAAAACACAACUGAUUCGGAUCAUCAGGGCUGGGGAUAGGACACUGCUGAAGCGGAAGAUAAGGAGAACACAGCCGCACGACACAACAUCCCCACAACCAGGCUUAAAGGACCUUCUGGACUUCAGAACUAAACUCAGGGGAGCUGCGGAGUAACUGGACCAUACCGUACUCCCUUCUCUGAACCCCACGCCCUUAUUUUGCAGGACCACAGGACGAACUACUGAAGACCAACAUCAAAUAUAUAUAAAUAUAUAUUUAAAAAAAAUUAAAACAAUGUAAGGCCUCAGAAGGCACCGAAUCUAAGUAGGAAAAACUCUUUUUAAACUACGAUAAACUUUUAGAGGGGAAUCAUGUAAUAUUGAAGACAUCUUCGGGGAAACUUUUUAAAGAACUGUUUUAGAAAUCAACAAAAAAGGAUUAAAAAAAAAAAGAAAAAAACUUGAAAGACUUGACAUUUUUGGAAGGAUGUGACAAUUCAGGACACAAAGUCGCUUCGACUCGGUAUGGCCAGCUUUUUCUUGGAGUGCCUGUCCGUUUCCAGGGGUGACGGCUGCCACAAACCGCAGCCUCAGUCCGCUGGGAGAAUUUACCUGUCAUUCCUUAGUUGUGUAGGGACCAAAUGACCAAACCUUUUUAUCGCAAAUGAGAAAAAAAAGACUUGUACCUGUAACAUAGUCGGACCACUGCAUCUCUUGCUGUGCCAAUCGGUUUAAGAGUUGUAUUUAAAAAAAGAUAUAUGUAUAAAAAGAACAUAUAUGACUAUAUGCAUAAAUGCAUACAUAUAGAUUGCUGAUAUGCUUUUGAAUACUGGCAGAACUAUUUCUGAGGGCCCGUCGGGGUCGUUCACUUCGCUAGUUUACAAUUACUGCUCAAAAUGAAGAAUAUUUAUUUUUAUUUCACUUCUAGUUUUUUCUCUGUGGUGAGAGAAAGGGUGCAUGGGAAGGGUUGUUCCAUAACGCAGCCUUACCUUUUUCUAUUUUAAUGUCCUGACCUUGUAGUAAAGAGACCAUCUUAAAAAGGUUUGAGAUAAACAAUCCUGUUUAUAUAUAACGUACAUACAAUCUGUAUAUGUAUAGCAGACAUUCAAGCAAUAUGUAUUCAUAUGUAUGCACCUGUAUAGCAUAUAUAUGGAUACAUACGAUAUUAAUCCCGAAACCCGUAUAUGUAUUUAUAUGCAUAUAUUUUCUAUGUGUGUAUAUAUAGAAUCCGGCUAUUCAAUAUGUAGAGCUGUAAUUUUUUGUAGAUUUAACAUAGAGUCCGAACCCCUGCUCUGCUUUGGACUUUUACCACUGCAAAGACUCGGCAGCUGCAGUCUGCAAGGCAUUCCUCUCGAUCCGACAAAUACAGCGACAACAAACAAACACACACAUACACACUCAAAGGGGUGAAACCCCUAUACACUUUGUGUAUAUAUGUGCAUAUGCUAUACCUACAAAUGCAAAAAGGCCUCUCGUUUGAGAGUUUCAAGAGAAUCAGGAGCAUUGCGAAGUAGGACAGAAAACGUCACGGACCUACCCGCCCCCCACCCUACGGUGUACAUUGGCAAACACGUGUGUGAUAUACGAACAAACAAACAUAUGUAUCCUGAACGCUGGGCUUUCAACACAUCCUACGGUUUUUAAACUCCGUCGCGUUCGUGCACUGCUAGCAGCCAUUCAUUUUAAUGAUGUCAAAACAACGGAGAAACUCUUACUUCUUACUAAAAAAAAAACGUAAAACACAAAUUGAAGACUAGCCUACAGCUAACAGCGAAGCCUUCAAAUAUGUGUUGACAUCAAAAAAUCUGUGCAGCUUGACACAGCCAUCUAUCGAAACACCCACUCGACGCCCGCUUACGGUUACAAUGAGGUGGGCAUUAUAUACGUUUUGCACAAGUAUCGUCCGAAUCUGCAUCACAUCGCGUUGUUUACAUGCGCUACUUCAUAGGGGGGUCUGAUCGUGUUUAGACCGGUUGGGAUACAUUUCUAGCGGGUAGGACUUUUUAUUAGGCUAGGUUGUGCUUUGCAACUAUUGUAAAUAUAUACGAAUUCCGAAGCUGGUUGGUUCACUCGACUGAACGGUAGUGAUAAAGCAGUAGUCAGUUCACCUCAUUUCAAUGGGGAAUUUAGUUCUGGAUCGACUUGGUUUCAGACUGAUUCCGAGAAUGUUGCAUUUUGCCUUCUAUCUUUCCGACACAUGGUCAUUAUUCAGGUAUUCCAGGAUCUUUUUUGCAAGGAUAUGCAUUCCGUCUGCUUGCGAAGCUCAUCGUCAUGUAGGAUUUAAGUGUCAGCUUUGGACGAGUCGUUUUAACAUCCGUCUAUCUCUCUCUUUCUCUCUCCAUCUGUGUGACGUUUCAGCUGCAACUGUUUACAUGGCGAUCUGGAAAUGUACGGUUGACAUACCAAGACGAAAGAGAAAUUUUAUUAUAAAUAUAUAUAAGUAUAUACAUGAA